GUGCACCUGGUGGACCAGCACACCGAGAAGGAGUUCCACGUGCUGCAGGACAGCUUCAAGGUGGCAUCCAUCAGUGGGGACACCAGCCACAAAACCUUCUUCGCCGACGUGGUGAAGAAGAGCGACGUUGUCAUCUGCACAGCGCAGAUCCUGCAGAACGCCCUGGUGAGCACGGAGGAGGACGCGCACGUGGAGCUGACAGAUUUCUCGCUGCUGGUGAUAGACGAGUGCCACCACACGCACAAGGACGCCGUCUACAACAAGAUCAUGCUGAGAUACCUCCAGCACAAGCUCCGUGGGGAGCAGGACCUGCCACAGGUCCUGGGGCUGACGGCAUCCCCUGGCACUGGGGGGGCAACAUCCUUUGAGGGGGCUGUAGAGCACAUCCUGCAGAUCUGUGCCAACCUGGACACUGAGAAGAUCACGUCGGUGCAGGAUGAGUUACAGCACCUGCAGAGCCACGUCCCCCAACCCAAGAAGCAGUAUGACCUGUGCCAGGAGAGACCACAGGACCCCUUUGGUGAGCAGCUGAAGAAGAUGAUGGUGCAGAUCCAGCAGUUCAUGGAGAGGCCGGAUUUCUCACAGGACUUUGGCACGCAGAUUUACGAGCAGCACAUUGUGAAGCUGGAGAAGAGAGCUGCAGAGAUGUUUUGUCGCAAGACGCGCGUGUGCGCCGUGCACCUGCGCAAGUACAACGACGCUCUGCUCAUCAACGACACCGUGAGGAUGGUGGACGCCUUCCAGUGCCUCCAGCAGUUCUACAGCUCUGAGAGGGACAAGAAGGACCCCACCGAGCAGUUCCUCACCACCACGUUUGAGGAGAACAGGGCGAGACUGCAGGAGCUUGCUGGGGAUCACCGCUAUGAGAACCCCAGGCUGGCCAAGCUGGAGGGGAUCCUGCGUGAGCACUUCCAGCCCCUGGGCACUUCUCGUGGCAUUGUGUUCACCAGGACAAGGCAGAGUGCCCACAGCCUGCUGAGCUGGCUGCAGAGCACGGCCACGCUCCGUGGGCAGCACAUCAGGGCCGCCGUCCUCACUGGCGCUGGCUACAGCAACCAGACCAGGCACAUGACACAGAAUGAGCAGCAGGAUGUGAUCAAGCAGUUCCGUCAGGGAGCCCUCAACCUGCUCUUCUCCACCAGUGUGGCCGAGGAGGGCCUGGACAUCCCCGAGUGCAACAUCGUGGUCCGCUAUGGGCUGAUGACCAACGAGAUUGCCAUGGUGCAGGCCCGGGGCCGUGCCCGUGCUGAGAACAGCGUCUACUCUGUCCUUGCCAAAGCCAACACCAGAGAGGUGACCCGAGAGCUGCUCAACGAGGACCUGGUGGAGCUCAUGAAGAGGGCGAUCCAGGCAGUGCAAGCCAUGCCUGAGCAGGAGUACUUCCAAAAGAUCCAGGAGCUGCAGAGGGUGGCUGUGGCCAGCUGGCUGCUGAAGGAGGCCAGGAUCAGCGAGCGGAGGCAGCUGCACCAGGCGUCUGCUGUUUGCCUGUACUGCAUCAACUGCAGCAGGGCCGUGUGCCGGGGCAGCGACAUCCGCACCGUGGAGGGCAUGCACCACGUCAAUGUCAACCCCAAAUUCGGGUCAUAUUACAGAGUUUCCUCUGGGAAAAUACAGUUCCAGAGAGCUUUCAAGGACUGGGAGCCCGGCUGCCGCAUUUCCUGCAAAGACUGCAGCCAGGACUGGGGCAUGGAGAUGCUGUACCGCCAGGUGAAGCUGCCUGUCCUCUGCAUCAAAAACUUUGUGGUGGAGACGCCAGCAGAGAAGAGGAGGUACAAGAAGUGGGGGGCUGUGACGUUCCCCAUCGAGGCCUUUGACUAUGUGGAGUAUUGCUCUGGCACCUACAACCUGUCCUUGUAGCACAGGCUCUGUUCAGAAGAGGACCAUUCACAGGGUGCUUUCAAGGUGCUACAUGGAAAGGAGAGGCUUCCUCAACCCUUGGACAGAGAGCCAUGGCUUAUUCCUGUUUUCCUUCCUGGUCUGAGCCCCAGCAGCAUGUCCCAAGCUGGAGCCCAUGGCUGCUGAAGGAGCUUUGCAGCACCCAUGAAGAAAGGAUGAGAUGCUGGGAUUGAAAGCUACCCAAAGCUUGCUCCCCAUGCUGCCUUCUCCUCCACAACCCUGCCAGGAGAACCAUCAUUUCUGUGGGUCCAGGACACUCUGAUUUAUGAACUUAAUGGCUCAAAAAUUAAAACACACAUGCUAGACUGAA